UGUGAGAGCCAACUCACUUCCCGACAGUGUAUUUUUGGGAGGGACAGUAGCAGUUGGGGGAUUGCACACAAGGCUGGCGCCAGAGAUUCGCAUUAGGACAGAAUGGAGCAGCAGCCCAUCUAUAACCCGAUUAUCCCUUUCGUUGGGACUAUCCUUGGUGGACUACAAGAUGGAAAGAUGAUUAUCGUUCAAGGGCAGGUGCCAGGACAUGCCAAGAGGUUUGCAGUGGAUUUCCAGUGUGGCAGCAUUGUGAAGCCACGUUCUGAUAUUGCCUUUCACUUCAACAUACGUUAUGAUGAGGGGACUGUGGUUUGCAACACAUUGGAGCGUGAGCGUUGGGGAACAGAAGAGAGGAAGCCUCAGAUGCCUAUCUCCACUGGCUCUUACUUUGAACUGAUCUUCCACGUGCGUAGUUACUGUUUUCAGGUAUCUGUGAAUGGUUCUCAUUUCCUUGAGUAUUCUCACAGGAUUUCCUACAAUAGAGUGGACACACUCUCGAUUUCUGGAGAUGUCCAUGUGAAUACCCUCACCUUCAGAAACCAAAAUGUUCCUCCACCUUAUGCUCCUCCUGCUUACACUCCAAUUCAAGCUUUCAAUGUUCACUCCACAUUUAGCUCCAAACCUGCCUUUCUUUUUGCUGCACCAUGCAAGGAAGUUGCGUCUCCACUAAUGGUUGCAGGCGGCAGGCGAAAUCGCUUGAAGAAAUCACCUACUCAAGUGACUGUAAAUAAUCCACCGGUUCCAUACCAGGCAUACAUAGGAGGUAUCAAGCCGCAGCAGAAGAUAAAGAUUAUUGGGACUGUGAACGUCAAACCUUACAGGUUUACCAUUAAUCUGAAGGUGAGUUAUUAUGACAACAUCGCCCUCCACAUCAAUCAAAGAUUUGAUGAAAAUGCAGUAGUGAGGAACAGUUGCAUCAACAAGAACUGGGGCACAGAGGAGAGGAACCUGCCAUUUCUCCCAUUUUUGCCUGGUCAAACAUUUGAGAUGCAGAUUAUGAUUCAACCAAUCUGCUACAAGAUCUUAGUCAAUGGAAGACACCUCUUCAACUUCAACCAUCGUGUGCAGCCUCUGAAUCAGAUCGAUCAAUUGGAGGUCACUGGUGAUGUCAGUCUUUCCCUUGUGGAAUACUAAUAUUUUGAAGUAAACAUUCUGCUGAAUUUUAUCCUUGGUAGAAUACUUUCCCCUUCACAAGUACAAAUUCUUUUAGGUUUGUCUUUUCUAGAAGAAUAAUCCUUUAAUCUCAAUCGUUAAUCUAAAUCCCCCUUCCACAGGGCCUAAUCUGUGGUGAUUUUGUUUGAGUGUAGUGAAGAAAGUCAACACCUCACUUGCAUGAUUAAUAGCAGUGAUUCAUGUGGAUCUCGUCUACUGUUUGAGUUUUCCCCCUCCCCUUAUUCCAUACCCAUCACAGCGAUUUAUAAAAUCAUACAAUGACACAGAAAAGAAGAAGGCCUUUCAGUCUAUUCGGUCAAUACCAUUUCUUAGAAAGAGCCAUCCAUAUAGACCUACUCUCCUCUGAAAACACACAACAGUUUAUAAAGGAGAUAUUGACCAUAUCAUGAAUUUGCUGUAGCAUCUUGUGGAAAUCCAUGUGACAUACCAAGAUGGUGGCCAGCAGAUAACAUUGAGGAGAACCCAAACGUUUGUUCAAAACACAAACAUCUGUGAAAUAAAAUGCUCCAUAGUCUUUUCACGUGGAGCACAGGUGUAGGAGAAGGCCAUUCCACCUCCUGUUAGAUCAUGCCUGACCUGUAGCUUAACUUUAUUUACAGACUUGUUUCUAGUUCCAGGUUUCCACAACCCUUUGUUCUUCUUAACAUUUAACCUCCCCCACCCUACCUCCAUUUAAACAACAUGGCUUGAAUUUUAAGCUUUUGCCCUUUUGUUCUGGACUCCCGUUUAACCUUCUCACCAGCGACUACAGUUUCUCUCCAUCUCAGACGGCAAUCGUGUUUAAAUGUUGUUGUAAACUCUAUAAAGACUGAAUUAUAUCUUUUGACAGAACGUCUGUCUGUAUAAUACUCUAAUGAUGGAAGUCUUUAAAAAUGUAUACUGAUGAAAACAACUUUUGCAUGUUAUUUGCUUGCUCCCAUGUCAAUGUUGUUGUCAAUGUAACGGGUACGGAACUUGGCUAUUGGUUUUUGCUCAGCAAUUCUACUUUGUUGUGUACCUCGAAGACCACAUCAGAGGACGCUUACCCAAAGAUCAGAGGCUAAAUGUGCUUGACUGCUGAACCGUUCCCCGACUGGGAGGGAACAUUCCUGUCUGGCGAUGGUUGUCGGUGUCUGUUUGUUCGUUAUCAUCGCAUCUGCAUGUUCUCGCCAUUAUAUCAUACCAUAGACAACAUUGGCCGAGUCACAAGUAUAUGCCGUGAAGACUUAUGAAGACGGCCUCAACAGUGAUCAAGCGUUCAUGUCGCGUUAUACCUAACCCCACCUAUAUCUGCAAAAUCUUCCUUACUGUCCUGUUUUGACACCAUCACCAUGACGAA